AUGCAAGGAAACACUCUCCCUAACACAAGAAGUCUCCGCCUUCUAGGAUUAACUUUCGAUCACAAACUCAACUGGAAAGAACACAUAAAAAAACUGAAAGCAACGUCAUCCAAAAAACUAAAUAUAAUCAAAUCCGUGUGCCACUUUAAAUGGGGCGCUGACCGCAAAACACUCUUAAUUCUAUACAACUCUUUGAUACAAUCGACAUUGGACUACGGAUCAAUCAUUUACAGCCUCACCAACCAAAAUACCCUAAAAACACUCAACAUCGUACAAAACGCCGGCAUCAGGAUGUCCAUCGGAGCUUUCAAAUCAAGUCCGGUCGACAGUAUGAUGUGCGAAGCCCACUGCCUACCAUUUUAUAUCAGACAAAAGUACCUAAUUACAAAGUUCGCAGCCAAAAAGAUGUCUACUCCCCAAACUGGCAUAAUAAGGACAAUCUCAAACCCCUAUCACGAACACCUCCUGAAACCUCUUUAUAUAAAGCUCCACGACAUCCUUGAAGAGAUAUCCUUCAACAUCAGCAACAUAAAACCUAAAGAAACUUUCUCAACAAUCCCUCCAUGGAACACGAACCACAUUGAAGCCAAUACAGAACUCAUCAAAUUCAACAAACAUGACACACUUCAUAGUCUGAUCAUCAAUACGUUCUACGAAAUAAUAAACACCGAAUUCAAAAAUUACUACCACGUCUAUACAGACGCCUCCAAAACAACAUACGAAACCGGUUUCGCCAUUACCCACAGGGAUGAAAAUAGUCUCCAUAAAUUAGACCCCUUCUUCAGCAUAUACACAGCUGAAACUUUCGCCAUACUCGAAACUACAUUAACCGCACUCUCCUCAAACCACGAUAAAGUCCUCAUCAUAAGUGAUUCUAUGAGUGCAGUCACCUCAAUAGCCAACGUUCAUACAAAAUGCAACCUCGCCCAAAGCAUUCAAAACGUUAUCCACUCAACCGACAAAUCCAUCAAACUCAUGUGGGUUCCAUCUCACAUUGGCAUCCCCGGCAAUGAACUCUCCGACGAACUGGCGAUGAAAGCGGCUAGCUCCCCGGACACUAAAAUAUACCCGCAUGUAACAUACGACGAUGCAAUCCGAGCCCUCAAAUCGAAAUUGUAUAGUCUCUGGCAGAAUCAAUGGGAAAAACAAACCAACCAAAACAAUAAAUUUAGACAUAUAAAACCAUCAACUAUAAAAUGGCCGGACCCACCUGUCAAGCUUACACGACAUGAAGAGACCAUGGUUACCAGAGUACGUAUUGGACAUACUAGAAUCAUACACUCCUACCUUAUGCGUAAGGAGCUCAAACCCAUGUGCGAAACAUGCAACAGUGAACUCACCGUUCAUCACAUAUUCUUAGAAUGUCCCAUUUACCAAAACGCCAGAACAAAAUCGAACAUAAACACCACCUCACUCAAAGACGCACUCGGACCAGGACAAGAAAAAAACAUUACAAACUUCAUCAAGAUGGCCCACCUCACCACGAACAUAUAA